CUGUUUCGCAUAAACCUUUAAUGCAUAAAUCCGUAUGUAUGUGUGUAUCUUGCUUUGUUCCAUUCCCGUGAAUGUAUUAUUUGGCAAACUAAUGCGCAUUAAUUUGAAGAGCAAAAAAACGACAAAAAAUUGAACAAAAUUAUUUGUGUGUUGUGUUUGCUGAAUCAGUUUGUAAAAUCAAUCAGCAAUGGUGCCUGUAAGCUUUAUUUAAACUAAGCACGUUAGUUGUUCGUUUGUUUUUUAACUAGUUUCUUUGACGGAUUAUGCUUCAACUCUUUCGAAUUGGGGUAUUCAUUUCGGGUGUACCAAUGGCAAACGUUGUGGUAUAUUGUGCUAGAUGGGGUGGGGGGCUUUUGGAUGAAACUUGUACAAUACCGCUAGACUAGACUGUAACUCCGAAACUCCGGGUGACUCCGAAGGGCUCUUAACGACUCCGGACGACUCCGGACGACUCCGAACAACUUCGGACGACUCCAGACGACUCCAGACAACUCCGGGAAAUUCCAGACGACUCCAAUUCCAGGCGGAACUAGUGGUUCGGAUUUUGCCAAACUGGCUCUCCAGGUGGCUCCGAACGGCUCUUAACGGCUCCGAAUUACUGCGAACUAUUCCGGACGACUCAGGACGACUCCGGACAACUUCGGACGACCCCAGACGACUCCGGGCAAUUCCAGUCGCAAUUCCGGUCGAGAUUGCGAACGACUCCGGAUAAUUCUGGGUGGACCUACCUUCCGGAAUCGGUUCCGAAAUUAUCGGAGUAGGAUCAGAGCCGACCCCAGAUUGUUGCCUCCCAUCACGCAUCACUAGUGCAAUCGAUUAUCAAUGCAGUCACUAUUUUCAUAAAAUCAAAUGUUUUGUUGUUGUUGUUUCUAUGUGCUCCUCUCCUCCUUAACAGAAACAAAUGAAAAUCGGAUGGUACAUCAGCACACUGUCCAUUGCCGUGGCGUUCUUCGGACCGGCCCCGAUGGGCUCGAUGCACUACGUGUACAAUCCGCUGCACGCCGCGAGCUACGCAGCGUUCUCGCCGAUGGCGUGGUGUCUCUUUUUUGCCUGGACCGUCUUCACCGCCCACCUGGGCUAUCGAAACUGGGUGAUAGACUUUUUCUCGUGGCGUGGGUUCCGCAUCACCACCAGAAUAUCGUACGCUAUCUACCUGACGCAGUUUCCCAUCUUCUUCUACAACGUUGGCAGAACGCGGUCGCCGCAGUAUUUCGAGUUCUGGCCAGCCGUUAUCUUCAACACUAACGAGUACCUGGUCGUGUUUCUCUCAUCCUUCCUGCUGACGGUCCUGUUCGAGACACCGUUCAUCAACGUGAAGAAGCUACUGUUCAGUAACAACCGACACGCGAAGCAGGCGGCAGGCGGCGGCGAUGGCAGCACAAGCGCCACUGAACCAUUGGCAGCGCAUCCUGCAAAACUUGACGCAGCACCGGGUAGUAGUGCUGGAGGAGUUUGUCCCGGCAUGAUGGACGAGAAUGAAAAUAGUCGAUCUAAUGGGUAUUUUGAGUGUGACAAGAGUAAAUUAAAUUGUUAGGCAGUA